AUGUCGCCUGCAAUGACGAACUCGCCUCCCCUCAACGCCGGCCUGCCCGAGUCCCGGGUCCUGAUCAUCGGCACCGGAGGCACGAUAUGCAUGCAGGAAGGGCCUGACGGCCUUGCGCCCACCGACGGCUUUCUCGAGAGCGCAAUGGCGCCCCGAACGACGUUCAAUGACUUUUCAGAGCCCAUCAAACUACAAGCCUGCCGCAGCGGCGAGAUGGUCCAGCUCGACAGCCUCAGGACCCCCCCUACCGCCUACAAGCGACACGUCCGCUACUCCGUCCUCGAAUUCACCCCCCUGCUCGACUCGAGCAGCAUCUCCGCCGCCGACUGGGCCAACAUGGCCACGGCCAUCAAGGACAACUACCACCUCUUCGACGGCUUCGUCAUCCUCCACGGCACCGACUCCCUCGCCUACACGGCCUCGGCCCUGUCCUUUAUGCUCGCCAACCUCGGCAAGCCCGUCAUCCUCACCGGCUCCCAGGCCCCCAUCUUCGCCCUGCAGUCCGACGCCGUCGACAACCUGCUCGGCUCCCUCAUCAUCGCGGGCACCUUUGUCAUCCCCGAGGUCUGCCUCUUCUUCCGCGACACCCUCUACCGCGGCAACCGCACCACAAAGGUCUCCGCCGCCUCCUUCGACGCCUUCGCCAGCCCCAACUGCGAGCCCCUGGCCAAGGUCAACGGCCUCGGCAUCAACGUCAACUGGCACCUCGUCCUGCGGCCCACCACCAUCGCCGGCUUCCACGUCUUCAAGCACCUCGACACCACCCACGUCGCCUGCCUGCGCGUCUUCCCCGGCAUCAAGCCCGAGAUGGUCGACGCCGUCCUCCACCUGCCCGACCUCCGCGGCCUCAUCCUCGAGACCUUUGGCAUGGGCAACGUCCCCGGCGGCGUCGACGGCCGCCUCACAGAGGUCAUCCGCUCCGCCGUCGAGCGCGGCAUCAUCGUCGUCAACGUUAGCCAGUGCGUCAACGGCUUCGUCUCCCCCGUCUACGCCCCGGGCACCCAGCUCGGCCGCAUGGGCGUCAUCUUCGGCCUCGACCUCACCGCCGAGGCCGCCCUCGCCAAGCUCUCCCACCUUCUCGCCCUUCCGGGCCUCUCCCAAAAGGACAUUGCCGACCGCUUCUCCCGCUCCCUGCGCGGCGAGAUGACCGAGAUCGCCCACCCCAGCUUCUCCCACCCGACGCCCCCCAUCGACGCCGCCGCCCGCCUCACCCCCGUCGAGUCCGCCUUCGCCGCCCUCGGCUACGCCAUCCAGAACGGCGAGAUCGACGUCGUCAAGCAGCUGCUCGAGGGCGAGGGCAGCCAGCUCCUCAAGACGGCCGACUACGCCGGCAACACCGCCGUCCACCUCGCCGCCGUCUCGGGCAACACCGAGAUCAUGCUCGAGUUGCUCAAGCGCGGCGCCAGCGUCCACGAGCGCAACAGGGCCGACAACUCGCCCCUCUUCCUCGCCACCCUGAGCGGCAAGGAUGACUGCGCGCAGCUUCUCAAGACGGCCGGCGCACAUCUCUCCGUCGAGGAGAUUGAGAGGGGGCCCUUGGCCAAGUAUCGCCAAGAGACGGCAUAA